AUGAUAAAUAAACGUUACAACAGGAGUUUAUUUACACAUAAUGAAAAGAAUAAUCAACGUAUGAGUAACAUUAUUAACAGAACAGAUAUGACCACUUUGAAAAAAUGUCACAUGAGGGAAAAAGUGAAUAGGUUUCCUUUUUUGUUCAAAGCGGUUUCUUGCGCCGUUUUGAUAUGGGUGGCGCAAUCUCCUGGGGGCCCCCGUGAGCAUGCCUCCCACCAAUCGUGGAACCAACAGAAUGGCAAGUUAUACAACCAACCAGAUGUAGCCUUUACAAGAUCAUUAGCAGAAAAUGAAGACAUAAAUGAAUCCGAUUUUGCAGCUACCAAAAAUGGCGUCUUAGAAAAUGAACCCAGUGAUAACUACUCAUAUGAAACUUCCACGGGAAUUUCCGAAAGUGAUGAUAUAGAAAUUAAUAAAUUUAUCUUGGACCAGUUACAGAACGAAGAAGACUUAAGUGAAGAUAUUUUGAAACACCUGCAGAAGAGACUGCAAGGUAGGAACGAAGGUGGUAAUGUAGAAGAAGCACGUGGAGAAGAAGGAGAGGAAAGCGUCGAAACAGAAGGAAGUAGUGAUGUGGUUAGCAAUAUAGAACACAUCGAACCAGUUAGCAACAUAUUGGAUAAUGUGCAGGAAGGAGAAGAAUCAACUACGUCCAUAUUCGAUCAUGUGAAGGACAACGUAGAAGAGCUAGACGGAUUAGAAGGAGUAGCAGAACAAGCUAUUCCCAUUUUCGAUAGUGUAGAAGAAAAUGUGGAAGAAGUAGCAGAACCUGCUUCAACCCCAAUCGAUAAUGUAGAAGAAAAUGUGGAAGAAGUAGAAGAACAAGCUAUUCCCAUUUUCGAUAAUGUAGAAGAAAAUAUGGAAGAAGUAGCAGAACCAGCUAUUCCCAUUUUCGAUAAUGUAGAAGAAAAUGUGGAAGGAACAGAAGAACAGGCUAUUCCCAUUUUCGAUAGCGCGCAAGAAAAUGUGGAUGUAAACGAAGAUCUAGCGAAUAGCGUAUUUGAUAGUGUAGCAAAGACUUCCGAAGAAGUUGAAGAACAAAGUAAUGACAUGCCAAAUAAUGUACAAGUGGAAGCAGAUGAAUAUAUCCAGGAAGCUGUAGAAGUUGUGCAAGAAGCUGCAGAUGAGGUGAUGGAGGAAGAUAGAAUACAAGAACCAGCCGAGUUAGCAAUAGAAGAACCCGUACAGAUAGAUGCAGAAGAACCUAUAGAGGAGGUAGUAGAAGAACCCGUACAGAUAGAUGCAGAAGAACCUAUAGAAGAGGUAGUAGAAGAAUCUGUACAAGAAGCUGCAGAUGAAGCAAAAGUAGGAGAAUCAGCCGAGAUAGUUGCAGAGGAAGCAGGUGAGGUAAUCAUAGAAGAACCAGCCAAGGUAGAUACAGAUGAAUAUAUCCAGGAAGCUGUAGAAGUUGUACAAGAAGCUACAGAUGAGGUGAUAGAAGAUGAAGAGAAAAUAGAAGAGCCAUUAGAGAUAAAUGCAGAAGCUGAGGAGGUAGUUACAGAUGAAUAUGUUCAGGAGGCUGUGGAAGUUGUGCAAGAAGCUGCAGAUGAGGUGAGAGAGGAAGAAAAAAUAGAGGAGCCCCUCGAGAUAGUCGCAGAAGAACCAGUAGAGGAUGCUAGAGAAGAGGUGCUGCAAGAAACUGCAGAAGAAGUACUAGUAGAAAAAGAAGAGGUGAAUGAAAAUAUAUUAAACAUAUUAGAAGAAAUAAAGGAAAGCAUAAUAGAUAAAUUGGAAGUAAAUGAGGAAGCAAACGAAGCCCUAUUAGAAAGCGCAGAAAAAGCGGCCGAGGAGGUUGCUGAAGAAGCUGUAGACACUACCACCGAAGCUGAUGUAAUCGAAACUGUUGAGGAAGAAGCUGCAGAUGCUAUUACCGAAGUUAGUGAAGAAGAAGCUCUAGAAUUAAGUACCGAAGCCUCUGAGGAAACGACCGAGAGUGUGGCACACAAAACUUUCGAAGAAGAUAUAUUGAAAAAUUUAGAAGAAAAUAAAGAAGCAAGUGAAAACGCAUUAGAAGAUAUAAAAGAAAUGAAGGAAGAAUUUUUAGACUAUGUAGAACAAAGAGUAGACGACAACGAAAACGUGCUAGUGGAUAUGCUACAACGCUUGGAAAGAAGCGAGCACAUGAAUGAGAGCGUAUUAGAGGAUUUAGAAGAAAUAAAAGAAGAUUUGUUGACUAAUAUUCAAAUGGCCGAGGAGACUACGGAAGAGGUGUUAGACACUUCGACAGAAAGUGCAGAAGAGGUAACCACAGAAGAGGUAACCGCAGAAGAGGUAACCGCAGAAGAGGUAACCGCAGAAAAGGUAACCGCAGAAGAAAACAUUUUUGAUGUUAUAGAAGAAAUAAAAGAAAAGGUACUAGAAAAUUUGGAAGAAACGACAGCCGAAAGUGUGGCCGAUAGUGUAGCCGAGGACGCGGAUGAAAAUGCAUUAGACGUUUUAAAAGAAGUGCAGGAAAGCUUGUUAGAAAACUUUGGGCAGAAGAUAGAAGCCAACGAAAAUUUAUUGGCAAAUGUAUUGGAGAAUAUACAAGAAAAAGUUGAGUUAAAUGAAAAUGUGUUAGUAGACGUCCUGGCGGAAUUAAAGGAGGAAGUUGUAAGUCAGCAGGAAACUGCGGAAGAGGUCGCAGCAGAGUUAGUUGAGGAGGCCGCAGAAGAGCCUGCAGCAGAACUCGUAGAAGAGCCUGCAGUAGAGCUCGUAGAAGAGCCUGUAGUAGAGGCCAUUGAAGAGCCUGCAGCAGAGCCCGUAGAAGAAGUCAUUGAAGAUGCAGAAGUAGAACCUGUAGUAGAGACCGUAGAAGAGGCCUUUGAAGAGCCUGCAGUCGAGACCAUUGAAGAGGCCGUAAUAGAGACCUUUGAAGAGGCAGUAGUUGAGGCCAUUGAAGAGUCAGUAGUAGAGGCCAUUGAAGAGUCAGUAGUAGAGGCUAUUGAAGAGCCUGUAAUAGAGCCCAUUGAAGAGCAUGUAGUAGAGAUCAUAGAAGAAGUUAUUGAAGAUGCAGUAUUAGAACCUGUAGUAGAGUCUGUAGUAGAUGUUAUCGAAGAUGCGGCCGAAGAGUCAGUAGUAGAGGCUGUUGAAGAGCCUGUAGUAGAGCCAAUUGAAGAGCAUGUAGUAGAGCUCGUAGAAGAAGUUAUUGAAGAUGCAGUAUUAGAACCUGUAGUAGAGUCUGUAGUAGAGGUUAUGGAAGAUGCGGCCGAAGAAUCUGUAGAGGAGGCUGCGGAAGAACCAAAUGUUGAAGUAGCAGAAGAAAUUGCGGCAGAGAUUGAAGAAGGAUCUGCUAUAGAAUCCGUGGAAGAGGUGUUUGAACAAAUUAUAGAAGAUGCUGCACAGGUAAUAGCUGACGAAUCCGUAGAAGAAACCGCAGAGCAAAUUUUAGAACAAGCUACACAAGCUGUAACGGAAGAAGCCGCAGAAGCUGUAGGAACUGUGGAAGUAGUAACAGAAGAAUCUGUAGCGGAAAGUAUUGAAGAUACUGUACAGGAAAUUUCAGCAGAACCUAUACAGGUAACUAUUGAACGUAUUGUAGAAGAGACUGUAGAAUCCGUCGAAGAAAACAUCGAAGCUGUGGAAGAGGCUAUUAAAGAUAUUGCAGAAGAAGCUGCGGAAGGGGCUCCAGAAUUGUCUCUAGAAGAAAUAAUAGAAGAUGUUAUGGUAGGAACUGUCGAAGAGGUUGAACAAGAAGAAGCUACCAAAGAGGCAGCAGAAGAAACUAUUGAAGAAGCUGAACGUGAAGCUACCAAGGAAGCAGUAGAAGAAACUAUUGAAGAUGUUAUCGAUGAAAUUUCAGGAGAAACUAUAGAAGAGAUUGUGCUAGAAACUCCAGAAGACACUUCAGAUGAGUCUGUGGAAACAGUUGUAGAACGUACUGUAGAGGAUAACUUAGGAGAAACGAUAGAAACCAUUGUGGAUGAUGUUGCAGAGGAAACUACAGAAGAAUCUGAAGAAAGCGUAGUAGAUAAUUUAGGAUUAAAAGUAGAAGAGGUACUAGAUGUAGAUGUACAAGAUGUAGUCCAGGAAGCUGCAGACGAUGUAGUAAUGAGAGUAAGUGAAAAAGAAAGUGAAGGAGAAAGUGGAGGGGAAAUCGGAGAAGAAAUCGGAGAAGAAAUCGGAGAAGAAAUCGGAGAAGAAGGGGAACAAAUCGAGCCUGCAUUGUUUGAAGUUGAAGAGGACAUUAAAAAAAAAGUUUUGGAUAUGCUCUCUGGAAAUGUAGAAUACGAUGAAAAAGAAUCCGAAAAAUUGGCCUUAGAUCUACAAAAGAAUUUGUUAUCUAUGUUUUCUGGAGGUGUAGGAGAUGACGAAGGGGAGAAAGAGGACGAAGAAGGGGACUCGGAAAAAGACGAGUCAGAAAGAGACGAUUCAUAUAAGGCCAAAUCCGAUAGUGAAGCCAGUCUGGACGAAAAUGAAAAUAGAUUAGUUGAGUUAACCGAGGGUGAAGAAAGCGAACCACAGUUGCUAAAAGUUGAAGAUGAUAUUAAAAAAACCGUGAUGGGCAUGUUCCCUUUUAAGGGAGAAUUAAAUGAAGCUGAAUCAGAACAACUGGCAUUAGAUCUUCAGAAAAAUAUACUCUCUAUGCUGUCUGGAAAUGUCGAGGACCACGAUGAUGAGGAAGAUGAAGAUGAAGAGGAAGAUGAAGAGGAAGAUGAAGGGGAAGAUGAAGAGGAAGAAGAAGAGGAAGAGGAAGAGGAAGAAGAAGAGGAAGAGGAAGAGGAAGAACAUGAGGAGGAAAAAAUAGAAAAACCAGUAGAAGUCGUUGUAGAAGAUGUUACGGAAGUUGGUAAAAAAGAGGCAGUAGAUGAAGUAGUCGAUGUUGUCCAAGAGCCUGAAGAGGAGGAAAAGGAAGAGGUAGAAGAGCCAUCCGUCGUUGUAGAAGACACCCCCCUUGUUGUGGAAGAACCUGCCGUUGUGGUAGAAGAACCUGCCGUUGUGGUAGAAGAACCUGUCAUUACUGUAGAAGAACCUACCACUACUGUAGAAGAACCUACCAUUACUGUAGAAGAACCUACCAUUACUGUAGAAGAACCUACCAUUACUGUAGAAGAACUCGUAGACGAGGAUGACGAAAAGGAGGAAGAAGAGGACGGAGAAGAAUCUGAAGAGGAGGAAACUGAAGAACCAGUACAGGAGGAAACUAAAGAAUCAGCACAGGAGGAGGUAGCAAAAGAAUUAGCAGAGGCCACUAAAGAAUCAGCAGAGGGGGAUAGCGAAGAAUCUGAGGAGGCCGAUGAGGAAGAGUCCGAGGAAGAAUCUGAGGAGGAAUCCGGCGAUGAGUCCGCAGAGGAGGAAAGGGAAAAAGUAGAAGGACCUGUGGAUGAAGUCUUGAAGGAGGAAAUGAAAAAAAUAGAAGAGUCUGUGAAGGAGGCCCUCGGAGUUGUGCAAGAGGCAGUAGAUAAAGUGGCAGAGGAGGAGCAAACGGAAAAGGCAAUGGGCCCUGUAGAAGAAGCCAAAAAAGAUGUAGUAGCGGAACCUGUCGGCGUUGUGAAGGAGUCGGAAGAGGAGGAAGAAUCAGAAGAAGGAGAAUCCGAAGAGGAUCAAGAAGAAAUGAAAACUAAACUGAAAGAUAAGCUAUUAGGUAUGUUAUCCGAAAAAAUGAAAGCGGAAGGAAAAGAUAUAGAUAAAUUACCCCCAGAGGUGAAGAAAAAUCUGUUAGAUAUGUUAGCUGAAAAUAUGGAAAUGGAUGAUGAGGAAGAAGAAGAAGAAGAAGAAGAAGACGAGGAAGACGAGGAAGAAGAUCUAGGAAAUGAAGAAUUAGAUCUACAGAAAAACCUUGUAGAUAUGCUUUCCGGAAAGGGAGGAUUUAAUCCAAAUAUGUUAGGAAAUUUAAGAAAUAUAGAAGCGUUGCAGAAGAGCAUGCCUGGCUUAAUGGGAAGGGCCAAAGGCAUAUCUCCAGCUGAAAUUGAAUCUUUGAAGAGUAUGUUCUCAGGUGCGUUCGAUGCACGUGGUAUUAAGGGAAUGCCACAAAUAAAAAUACCAGCAGAAUUACAAUCCGUUAUGAUGCCAAAGAAGGAAGAAAAAGGAAAGCCCCAAGAUAAACAACCAAAAGAGAAAGUGCCAAGUAAAGCAGUACAAGAGGAGAAAACAAAAGCGAAAGCUAUAUUGCCCAGAAAAAAUAUAUCGGAUUUGUUUGCAUUUCCAAAGGAGAUAUUUAGUUCUCUUAAAAACUUCAAAGAAGCUGCAUUGAAAUUUUCAAACAUGAUUGGAUUAAAUCUUGAAACGAUUAAAAAGCAUUUAACUACAGUUAAAAACUUCCUUUUGAGAGUAGAUGCAGUAGUGGAUACAGAAAUUAAUAAUAUAAUGGAACAAGGAAAACUCCCUGAAAAUGUCGUUCAUGCUAAUGAAAGUUUUCUGGAUAAGAUGAAAAGACUAGUAAAUAAAUAUAAAAUAUUCUCCAUCCCAUUUUUCACUGGAAUGGGUUCAUUUGGAUUUUUGGCGCUUGGAGCUGUUACUACGUCUAUCCUAUCAUCUUGCUUAACAAUUUUUGCCGUAACUUAUUUGGUGUCGAAAAUAGAUAUGAGGGUCAAUAAAGAUAAAAACAGAAAAUUCUACUCCUUCUAUUUAGACGCGUACAAGCGUAUGUCGUACUUGAGAGAGUACUUUGAAACGAUUUACAGGGAGUUGGUGAUGUAA